AUGGGGUCUGACUCUCUCUUCCUGUUACAGAUCAUCAUCUUUGAGCAGGAGAACUUCCAAGGCCACUCACAUGAGCUGAACGGGCCCUGCCCCAACCUGAAGGAGACGGGUGUGGAGAAGGCAGGCUCCGUCCUGGUGCAGGCUGGACCCUGGGUGGGCUAUGAACAAGCCAACUGCAAGGGUGAGCAGUUUGUGUUCGAGAAGGGUGAGUACCCCCGCUGGGACUCAUGGACCAGCAGUCGGAGGACAGACUCCCUCAGCUCCCUGAGGCCCAUCAAAGUGGACAGCCAAGAGCACAAGAUCAUCCUCUAUGAGAACCCCAACUUCACGGGGAAGAAGAUGGAAAUCAUAGAUGAUGACGUGCCCAGCUUCCAUGCCCAUGGCUACCAGGAGAAGGUGUCAUCCGUGCGUGUGCAGAGUGGCACAUGGGUUGGCUACCAGUACCCUGGCUACCGCGGGCUGCAGUACCUGCUGGAGAAGGGAGAUUACAAGGACAGCAGUGACUUUGGGGCCCCUCAUCCCCAGGUGCAGUCUGUGCGUCGCAUCCGUGACAUGCAGUGGCACCAACGGGGCGCCUUCCACCCCUCUAACUAGUGCCCUCCCCAUUUCCUCCUUCCCAGGGACCUGGUCCACUGCCCAGGAUCCCCCAGACCUCUUGGCGAGUGAAUAAAGUGUGAAUUGCAACU